AUGGCUCCUAAGGGGAGCAACGCACAGGUGAUUGUCGAAACACCCAAGACGGCGGACACCAGACAUAGGGGUUUUCCGGCGACGACACUGCAGCAAGGCGAGGCGGGAGAAACCUGGUGUAAAGUUGUCCGAAAGGACAAAAAGACAAAGAAGAAAGCUCCAGUACAGGGAGCGGAGCAGUCGGCACAAGCCGCUCCCACACUAAGUAAGAAGGCGGCCCAGCCGAAAAGAGGUGACAAGCUGAAGAAGCCGAAGAUGAAGCUCCCCGAAACGGCGGCUGUGACCUUAAAGCUGACGCCCGAGGCUGAGGACCUGGGGUACACCUACACAAACGUCGUGGAGAUGGCAAGGGCGGCCAUCUCCCUGCCCACGGAGGAAAAAGCGGAUGCCUUGGCGUCCAAACUGAAGGAAACCAUCGCCGAAUAUGCGGAAAUUGAGAGGCCUAAUAAGACGGCAGAUCUACUGAUAUCCGGCCUGGACGACUACGGACCAUUACGGAGUUGGUGGAGGUGGUAG